GGCGGGCCAGGCGGCGCUUGUUUGCGCUUGUUCAAUUGCUCUUUGGUGUUUAUUUUUUUUUUGUUACUGAUACAUUUCGUAGCGCGUCUUGGAAAUAACGAAUAAUAAAUGAAUAUAGUGUGUAGUGUUUGUUUAUGUGUUUUAUGGUAUUUAAAUAUGCCUUGUGUGCUUGUGAAUUUGUGGUAAAAAUGCGCCAAAAAGCAAACAUCGGCUUUACUUCGACAACAACAACAAUAACGAAACCCAAGUGCGUGCAGCACAGCAACAACAAGCAGAACAAGAACGGUGCGAAGCUAAUGCCAAAAUUAGCCGGUAUAGUCAGAGCACUUGUUUGAGUUCUCUCUCCUCGCUUAUCGCAAAAAAAAAACCAAAAAAAAAAGCCGAAAAAAAUAUCGAACAUAAAAUCGAAAUCGAAACGGAGCAGCAACAAGUCCAGGCAGCCAACGUAAAAGAAGAAGACGAAGCAACAGUGCGUACAACAAAAUGUACACAUGACAACAACAACAUCGAGCAUCCUGUAUGUGUAUGUGUUGUGUGCGCGCGAGUGCGUGUGUGUGUAUGUGAGUUGAUUUUUGCCACACGCCUGGUGGAGGAGGGGGAAAAGAUGCGUAAACUGUCAUCGUCGUUGAGUCGCAAUCAUUAUUUUGUGAUUGGCUUGGCCCUGGGCCUGGUGCUCAGCUGUUGCAUACCGCAGGACAUUAGGCAGCUGGUGCAGCAGGAGGAAUGCCCACAGGAGGUGGCCGAGAAUUUGCUCAUCGAACGUUUUGGCCAGGACUUUGAGCCGCAUUUGAAUUUGAUCAGUAAGCCGCUGUCGGCUAAAAAGCCGGUAAAAAAUGUGCUGCGACCACGCUACUACUCCUCGGAGCUGGGGAUACGGGAAAAGAUCUUCAUUGGUGUGAUGACCUCACAGGAGAACAUCAACAGCUAUGCGACAGCGUUCAAUCGCACCACCGCCCAUCUGGUCAACAAAAUGAAGUUCUUCAUCAAUGCGGACAGUGUUAAGACCAACUAUGAGCUGAAGAAUAUCGUUGGCUUCACGGACACACGCGAGAGUCGUCGUCCGUUCCAUGUGAUCAAAUAUAUUGCCGACAACUAUUUGGAUGAUUAUGAUUAUUUUCUGCUCGUUACCGAUAAUGUGUAUGUCGAUGCGCGUAAACUGAAUGCGCUGCUCUAUCACAUGAGCAUCACCUUUGAUCUGUAUAUGGGAGGCACACGAAUACGCGCAUCAUCAACAAAUGCUGGUGGAGUGGCGCCUGGAGCAGAGAAUGAAUCGAAUGCUGAUGAUGAUCAUGAUGAUGGAGGAGAUGCCGCUGCCGGCGACGAUGGAGGAGGUGGCGAUAGCGACGGCGGUGGUCUCAGUGAUCGCAACUAUUGCGCCCUCGAGGCGGGAAUUCUCUUCAGCAGCAGUGUCAUCCGCAAGAUGCGCAACAAUCUGGAUCGGUGUGUGCGCAUUGGCAGCACCAACGAUCACAGCGUCAACAUUGGACGGUGUGUCAAGUAUGCCAGUCAUGUGUCCGGUUGCCAGGAAACAUUUCAGGGUAUGCGACAAUACAGCUACGCUUUAAACACCAAGACGCGUCAGUAUAAGGAUCUCAGUCUGCUGGCCAAGGAGCCGGCAUUCCUUAAUGCAACCACCGUGUAUCCGGUGCAGACGCCCGAGGACUUUUAUCGCCUGCACGCUUAUUAUUCCAAGCACCAUCUGGAGCUGGUGCAACAGCGUGGCUAUGAGCUGGAACAGAAAUCGUAUCGCAUUGCGAAUGGCAGCAUAUCGAACAAGAUACUCGAGAUACGCUGGCCGCUGGGCGUGCCACCGCCAAGUGCACCGGAGACGCGACACGAUAUGCUGACGUGGCAACUCUUGAAUGGGACACACAGUUUUCUGCCCAAUGCGAAUGCAAAUGCGGAUCAUGCUGUCUCCCCCCUCAGUCGGAUCGAUGCCCUCGACUUUGAGAAAGUGCUGGAGAUAGCGCUGCAAUAUGCGACACAAAAGCAUCCCAAGCUCCACUAUCACAGUCUGCACAGUGCGUACCGAAAGUUUGAUGCCACACGUGGCAUGGACUAUCAGUUGCAUUUGAAUCUGUAUGAGGGCCCAACACCCAAGCGAUUGCAGCUGAAGAGCUUUGAGGUCGUCAAGCCGCUGGGACGUGUCGAGGUUGUCCCAUCGCCCUAUGUCACCGAGAGCACAAGGAUUGCCCUGUUGGUGCCAUCGUUUGAGCAUCAGGUGCCCGAUGCCCUCGACUUUGUGGCGCAAUAUGAACGCAUUUGCAUGCACAACCAGAGCAACACCUUUCUCUUGCUGAUCUUUCUUUAUCGCCUCGACUCGCCCAGCAAAGGCGACGAUGAUCCCUUCAAGGCGCUGAAGAAGCUCGCACUGGAAUUGUCAUCCAAAUACAAGACAGAUGGCUCUCGCAUUGCCUGGGUCUCCAUCCGCCUGCCCGCUGAUCUAAGCGCUCCCGUUGCCGCCGACGAUUGGCUGCUCCACGCCUCCAUGUAUGGACCGAGGCAGCUGUUGAGCUUGGCUGUUGCCGAUCUGGCACUGCCCAAGCUCGGUCUCGAGUCGCUGGUGCUACUCGCGACGCCGAGCAUGAGUUUUCGCACCGAUUUCCUCAAUCGAGUGCGCAUCAACACAAUACAGGGCUUUCAGGUGUAUGCCCCGAUCGGCUUUCAGCUCUAUCCCUGCAAUUGGGCGCACUUCUGCAAGGAGUGCGACAACUGCGACAUUAGCCAGAGCAGCGGCUACUUUGAUCGCCACAAUCACGAUGUCAUCGCCUUCUACAGUCGCGACUAUGUGCAGGCACGCAAACUGAUGGCGCCGCUGGGUCUGCCCAUCAUGCACACAGAUCUGGACAUUGAGCAGCUGCUGCAGUCGCCGCAGCGUCCGGCCGGAGUGGAGAGUAUACUCGACAUGUUUGUGGCCGCCCAGCACACAGUGCACAUACUGCGAGCCGUGGAGCCACAUCUGCGCUUCGGUCUCGAUGUGCGACAGCAUUUGGCACGAGGCGGCGAGCUGCCGAUGCCGCUGCCCAGUCGAUGUGGGCGGGAGCAGUGCAUCCAUUUGGCGUCGCGCAAACAGAUUGGCGAUGCCAUCAUACGCUACGAGGACAAAAGUAUUUUGCAAAAAUAAUUAGUAGACAGAAGAGAGAAAUGAGAAAACAACUGUUAUACACAAAACCAAUAUCAUUCAGUUCCUUUAUAAACUUAUAUUUCCAAGUGUAUGUGUGUGAGUGUGUUAGGAGAUUGUAAGUGUGUGAGUGUGUUAGGAGAUUGUAUGUGUGUGUGUUAAGUUCUAGGCAAUUUUUGUGGGUGACCUGUAAGCUGUAAAGAAAAGAGCGUGAGUUUAGACAGUAAGCGACCCUUUUAUAGACUAUUUCAAUUUCAAUAUAGUAAUAAUUUAUUUUACAAAUAUUAUUAUAUAAUAGUAUUUUAAUGUAUUUUAUUUGAUUAGUUCUUUUUUACAUCAAAUAUUGAUAACGACUCUCAAAUUCACGCUCUUCCUUUGGGCUACAGGGUAUCUCGCAGUCGUUUCGAUGCGUGUGCAUGCCUUUGCUUUAAAGUGAAACUUUUAAUGCUCAAAAUGGUAGACAAGAAUUGUUAUAUUUUUAGGACAGAGGAGGAGGAGGGAAGAUGAGGAGGCGGAAGCGGAGGAGAACGUGUAGCUGCCAAACAAAAUGCUUGCUUAAGUUUAAUCGUAAUCGCAUAAAUUAUAUUUGUACUAAAUGUUGAACGUAAGCUAUUUGAAAUGGGGGAAGCGGGUGGGGUGUAUAACAGUUGUAGAACAGUAGCACAGUAGCACAGUCAUAUUAAGCACAUGUACACAACAACGCCAUUAGCCAAUAUUCAGGGGCCAACAAUCAAUCAAUCAAUCUAUCGAUGUAUCGUCACUCUCAACCAAUUUAGCAAAUGUAAAUAAUUUAUUUAUGUUAUAAUUGUAAUUGUAACUUGCCAGGGCACAGCAAGAAUUCCUAUUAAUAUAACAUAGUAUACAAUACACAUACAUACCUACAUAUGUAUAUAGCUAAGUGUUAUACUAUAUGUAUGUUAUACAUUUAUCGUUUAAGUCAUACAAAAGUGGCUGUAAUGUAACUGCAACGUCGAAUGUCGAAUGCCACCUUAGCCAAACACAAUCAACAAAAGUGGGCCAGAAAUCUUGCCUCUCCCAGCUACCCAGCUACAGCACGCAACUGUUAUACGCGCUGCUCUUUAUCAAUUAAAUGUUAUCGCUAUCGCUACCCAUUCAAUUGAGGUAAUUGUAAAUCAAGCUUAUCUGUCUGUUUAUGGAAACUGUUAUACGCCCACUAUCAGACUAAUUUGCCAACUGUUAUACGAAAACGCACUUCAGCCUUAGACAUCGAAUAAGUUAGUUGCCUGCCAGUUUCCUUUUUGCAAAUCUGAUCUAUUCUAUCUAUAAACUACAAUUAUUUUGCAUACACAUUUUUUAUUGUAUAUU